CUCAUUGCAACCAUCAGCAGCAACUUUCCACAAUACUUUCAGCUUUUCUUGCAAACAAGUUUUUUCGUCAUACCAAGCAGAGUUCGAGUUUGUACAACAAUGGCCAUCCGACAGAUGAUGAGACGUUCUUUGUCUAGUGAAAGAAGAUCAGCUCACGUCCCAAAGGGGCAUCUUGCUGUUUAUAUCGGUGAGAAUGAAAAAAGGCGCUUUGUCAUUCCGUUGUCCUACUUGAACCACUCUUCGUUUCAAGAAUUGCUGUCUCAAGCUGAGGAAGAAUUCGGGUUCCAUCACCCUAUGGGCGGCCUCACCAUCCCCUGCCGUGAGGACUUAUUCAAUGAAGUCGUCUCUAGCUUGAGCAGAUGAUGAUUUAAUGUGCAGUAUAUGUUUAGGAGAAGCACAAUUUUGUAGUUUAGUAUCUCUUAGAAAUGUAGUGAAUGAUAAACUAAAUAUAUAUAAAAUUUAUUGAGCCAAUUUUCA